ACAGACUGUUCCGAUUAUGAUGGAACACUUUGAAGUGGGAGUUGUGGGUGUGUAGCGACGAUUAUGUUGAGCGCAGUCUAGCAGAGCUGAAGCAGUCUAUCUCAAACAGGUAGGUGUGUAAUGGAGUCACAGGGCUGCUUUUUUGUGUGUUUUUUUUUCUGUGGAUCCUGCAUUCAGACCACACAUCCAGUGGAAAUAACUGUAUGAAGUGUUUCAUAUGUCUCUUGAGUCUUUUAUUGUCAACACCUUUACUGUGCACCUUGGUGACGAUCUUUAAAAAAAUACCAGGAUGCUGUACAUUAUUUCUAGCAUUAAACCGGUCACUUUAUUUGCAUUUUACUUCCCUUCCUUGUUAGUUGUAAUGUUGCAUGCGCCACAAACAAUUCACAAUUCUCAGGUCAGUUUUGAAACACACCUUUUGAUCGUUCCCCCACUCUUCCCCCACUAAAGAUCCUCCAUCAGAAUGAGUGUUAAAGUUGUGUUUUGCAAGGUUGCAUCAGAGCAGUGGAGUUUUGAAUUUUGAAUUCAGUUGUGUAUGUAAUGCAUGAAUUCAAAAACACAAUAAGAGAUGGAACAAAAGUGACAUUUGAAUGCUUUUUGUUUGUCCAUCUUCCAAAUAUAAUGUUCAGUCACCUAAAACUCUUUGGACAAGCUGUAUAAACAGUACAGCAUAACACUAAUCUGCUAGAUUACAAAAUAAAAAUAGGUGUAAAAGCAUAAAACCUUUUAAAAUUAUCUGCUGAACAGUGAGGUGGUGCAACAAGUUUUCACUCCAAUAAAUAACGAAGCACUUACUCCUGAGAUCGAUGUGAUAACAGCCUUCAGGGCUCCAGACUAACUUUUGCCCUGGUAGCAAUGAUGCGGCCAACUUCAUUUGGUCCCACCUUGUCAUCACCAAAACAUCUGCUUAUCAGUAGAUGCUACAAUUUACCAACGUUCCCUAAAUGCAACACAUUGCAGGCUGUGGUAGCUGCUGUCGGUGGCUGCGGUGUGCUCAGAUAAGUGUGUGUGACCGAAAAAUUCUGUGUAAAGAGUUAAACUGGGGCGUUCUAAAGUCAGAUUAGUCCAAGAUGAAACCGUGUGAUUUUUUUUUGUACACUGCAGCGCCUUCAUGCGCUGUUCCGCUCAUAGGAAACGGUGAAUGCAGGUGCGCUCCACAUUUCACCACAUUUGUAUAAAUAAAUACCACAGUCCACCGACGUUAUACAAGUGCUGCUUUCCACCACUGUGGUUAACACAGUCGCUGCCUGCGCCAGAUACAGUGACACCAGCACAACCUAAUGAUCAUCAUGCACGCCCACGAAUGCGACCACUUGAAAUUUCAAUUGUAACACUAUAAAAACUAAAAAAAAAAACGGUCGCAGUCUGGAGCCCUGGCUUUGUCUGUCACAUAAUUAGCUGGAACUCAAUUUACGGACAGGAAAAAAAUAAAAAAAUCUAAUCACAUUUUUUUCCUCCCCAGCUCUGUAUUCGGUUGGAUUUAUAUCACAGAAGCUUACGUUUUGUAUUUCAGACCAUUUCCCUCUUGAACAUUUACCUUCAUAACCUUCAAAACUCUGCCCAGUCUGCUGAUGGUUUACACUGUGCCGUCAGCGAUGUGGAAAUGCAGGAGCACUACGACGAGUUCUUCGAGGAGGUGUUCACGGAGAUGGAGGAGAAGUAUGGAGAGGUGGAGGAGAUGAACGUGUGCGAUAACUUAGGCGACCAUCUUGUCGGCAAUGUCUACGUUAAGUUCCGUCGUGAGGAGGAUGCAGAGAAAGCAGUCAUGGACCUGAACAACCGCUGGUUUAACGGCCAGCCAAUCCACGCAGAGCUCUCCCCCGUCACUGACUUCAGGGAAGCCUGCUGCCGCCAGUAUGAAAUGGGGGAGUGCACCCGAGGGGGCUUCUGCAACUUCAUGCACCUCAAACCCAUAUCGCGGGAACUUCGAAGGGAGCUGUACGGCCGCCGCAGGAAAAGGCACCGCUCCCGCUCGCGCUCCAGGGAACCCAGGGAACGACGCUCCCGAUCCAGGGACCGACGACGGGACCGCGAGAGGCGGAGGUCGAGGGACCGAGAGCGCUCUGGAAGAUUCUGAAGGAAGACUGACCCACCAAAUCCCCCCUCCCUGUGAACCCCAGCAGUGAUGACAAAGUUUUUUUUUUUGUUUUUUUUUUCUGUUUUUGGUGAAUUGUUGAAAGUGUUUUUUUCUUUUAUUCCCUUUUUUUAAGACGAGCUUGUGUCGCUUUCUCAAUAAAAACAGAUUUGUAACUCUGCA